UUCGUGGACAUUCUGUUUGGCCUCCAAUCCCACCCUGCCUCACCAGACCAGCUUCUCCAGGCCAGCUGUGCAGAGAACCGUCCAAAGAAUGUCUGAUCCCAAGCUUCUAGACAUCCCAGCUGUGAUCUUUGACAAUGGGUCUGGAUUAUGCAAGGCUGGCAUUGCUGGGGACAGUGCCCCAAGGGCGGUCAUCACAGCCAUUGUUGGCCGCUCCAAAGCCAAAGCCACAAUGCUUGGCGCUGGCCAGAAAGAAUUUUACAUUGGAGAAGAAGCUCAGUGCAAAAGGGGCGUCUUGUCACUGAAUUACCCCAUCGACCAUGGCAUCGUGACAUCUUGGGAUGACAUGGAGAGGAUAUGGAGGCAUGUCUAUGAGUGUGAACUGAGGAUCAAAUCCAGCGACAGACCAGUGCUCUUGACUGAAGCCCCGCUGAAUCCUCUCCAGAACCGGGAGAGAAUGACGGAGAUCAUGUUUGAAAAUUUCAAGGUGCCUGCUAUGUACGUUGCUGUCCAGGCUACUUUGGCACUCUAUGCAUCAGCACGGACCACGGGGAUAGUCAUAGACAGUGGGGAUGGUGUCACUCACACAGUCCCUAUCUACGAAGGCUACUGCUUGCCACAUGCUGUCUCCAGGUUGGACGUCGCUGGGCGGGACAUCACUGAGUACUUCAUGAGGCUCCUUCUGGAGAGUGGGCUUUCCUUCGUCAGCACAGCAGAAAGGGAAAUAGUGAAAGACAUCAAGGAGAAGCUCUGCUACGUGGCUUUAGAUCCCAUCCAAGAAAUGAAAGCCAAACCAGAAUACCUUCUCAGAGAGUAUAAACUACCAGAUGGCAAUAUCAUCAGGAUCGGAAGCCAGCUCUUCCGAGCCCCUGAAGCCCUUUUCGCACCAGCUAACAUUGGUGUCGAUGCUCCCGGAGUCCACAAAAUGGCUUUCAACAGCAUCAUGAAAUGUGACAUUGACGUCCGCAGAGAUCUGUAUGGGAACAUUCUCCUCUCGGGUGGGUCCACCUUGUUUUAUGGCUUGGAUGAGCGCAUCUUGAAGGAAAUGCAGCUUCAAGUGCCGAUCGGUAUAUCGGUAAGGAUCAUUGCCCCGCCAGAGAGGAAGUACUGCGUGUGGAUCGGGGCCUCCAUCCUGACUUGCUUGACAUCUUUCAGACAAAUGUGGGUCACCCUCAAUGAUUACAAAGACUUUGGCCCAGGCGUUGUUCACCGGAAAUGUUUUUAAGACUGACUGCCUUCACCUGUGAUCUUGCUAGAACAAAGGGAGCUCAAGAAAGGCCACAAACAGGUGGACCUCCCAAAUAUUUUCUUUCUUUCUUUCUUUUUUUAGAAAGAGAUUCAGCUGUUGUCUCUUUGGAUUUAUUGGCUGGCCAAAAUUUAAAAGAAAAUAAAAAGAGAAACACACAUUUGGAUCAUA